UUUACUUUGAAGAACAACAAACUAAAUGACAACAAAGUUUCAAACUUGAAAAAUAAACACACAAAAUCAUCAUAAAAGGAUCGCUUUAAAAGGUGCAGAUUGAUGGCAUUCGCAAAACCACCAGCAAAGAGUAUGAAACUCCAUGUUAAACAUGGCACCAAGGUUUAUGACAUUAAGUUAGAGGCUGACCAAGGGAAUGUACUGACAGUCAAAGACCUAGUGAAAAAGAUCUAUGAAGUUACAGAAAUUCCACCAGCCAAUCAAAAGAUUCUUUAUAAAGGCAAAACUUUAAACAAAGACCCAGAGGCAUAUCUGAGCUCCCUUGGAUUAAGUGACAAUGCAAAAGUCAUGCUUCUUGGAAAACGGCCUGACCCCCUGGAUGACAAAGAGAUGGGGAGACUACAUAACAUAGAGCAGUCUCUAAAGAAGGAGGAAGAAAAAUUAAGUGAUGUCACGUACGAUCUGGACGGAAUACACAGGGGAUUUAUGGAUGAAUCUCUAAAGGCCCCAGCUUUACAGAAGAGUAAGAAGAGAGUUGCCCAUGUGAUAGAACAAUACAUGAAAAUGCUGGAGGCCUUAGACAGCUUAAAUCUAGAUGAACACAAUACUGGGGGGAGGGCAAAACGUAAGAGUCUGGUGGACAGAAUUCAGACCCUCUUGGACAGGUGUGAUGGUCUUACAAAGGGAAUAGAAGAUAUGCUGACAAGCAAUGGUGAUAAAGACAGGUGAUGAUGCCCGAGAGUGUUAGAUUUUAGAGCAUUUUUUAGGAGUAGUAAAAAGACAAAAAAUUAAUUUUUACCUCAGGAAUAAGAUUUAAAAUUUGGACCAUUGCCCAGUUGUGUUGAUCAUGAUGUUCAUUGGAUAUUUAUACCCUGAAAAAGAGGCUGUGAUUUCUAUUUUAAAUGUUUGGCUUUGAAAUACAUGCUAGAUCUAUGACUAUUUUGGUGUAUAUCAUUUUGUUAAGUUGUCAAAAUAACAGUAUGAAAUGUUAUUUGGCCAGGCCUAACUUUAAUGUGGCAUUUGUUAUGCUGUUUAGAAUCAGCAGCAAGUUAUAUGAGCUAAGAAAUGAUCUAGCCCCCUGUACGUUGCAUUUGGCUUUUUUUUCUUUUUUUAAUUGAAGUGCAUUUAGGUAGAAAUGGACAUUCUGCCAAGAGAGACAACUCUCUAUAUUAAUAAAUUCAUCUUCAACGAUUUGUCUCAAACAUUGUCUUUUUGUACUUUAUAUGCCUGAAUUCAUUUUUGAUUGAUCUCUUUUUCAUUCAAAUUAUGGAAACAAUACAAGAAAAAUUCUAUUUUUAUCUCUUUGAUAUGGGAUACAAUUUACCCUGUGAGAAAUAGUAGUUUUAAAAACUAAUAUUUUGAAAAUUUUCAAUAGCAAAAGCUAGAAUAUUGUCAAGCAAAAAUUAAAGUGUGCCAACGGGGAAAAAAACAUUCAUGUAAAACAUACCAGAUAAUCUCCGAAAGGUUUGGUGGUGAAUAACAAUGAGUGCUUCCUACUUUCAUACAAAGAAAUAAUAGUAUCACUCAAGUGCUUUUUUCUCUUUGCAUAAUGUGCUUGGUCAUUUUCAACAUAAAUAUACUUGUCAUCAAAUUCAUAAAGAAACACCAUCAAUUUCCUUCAUAGUUUUAAUUUAACAAAUGGUAAUUUAGUGAUUUGCAGUAGAGUGAUGUGUGAAGUGACAUUAAUAAAAGCUGUCAUUCUCAAGAGUAGAUUACAAGAACUACAACUUGUAAAUCAAAUUGAUUUGUUGUUAUAUUUUUAUUUUUAUUAAGUAUGAUUAAUAAAGUAA